CACAAUUGAAGUUUCUCCGACAGGCGGGAAGCCGCGGACGGAUCUUAAGGGGAGAAAUUGCGUUGAACUUUUGAAAUUCAAAGUGAACGUCUUCUCGUUUGCAGUUCGAAAAUUAAAAACGACCUCACGGUAUUCUCAUCCAGCUGCAUUCGGGUUUUGAAUUCGAAUGUUGAGGAGCGUGUAUUGGCUACUCCAUUCGAAUUCCACACUUGGUGGCAGGAGUUUAAACUUCGAAUGUGGAACCGUUCCAUUUCGAAUGUUGAGAAGCGUGUAUUGGCUCCGUCAUUCGAACUCCACACAUGGUGGCAGAAGUUUGAACUUCGAAUAUGGUAUCGUUCCAUUUCGAAUAUUGAGAAGCGUGUAUUGGCUCCGUCAUUCGAAUUCCACACUUCGUGGCAGGAGUUUGAACUUCAAAUGUGGUACGCGUUCGAUCAUGUUCGAAUUUGAACCUGGUCGAAUUUGAAUUUCGACUCUGGGACUCAGUGGCGGGAGAUAUUCCACAACGCGGUUCUCGAAGUUUGAAUGUUGCAUCCUCGCGGUAACCGGAAGACGAGAAGCGGGCUGCCCAGAGCAUCCGGGUCUGGCACACCGUUUUCGGACGAUCCUCGAAUCUCGAUAAUUUCCUCGAGAUUUUGUUCUGAUACGAAUUCGGGGUCUGGAAUACUUUCUGAGAUCUUCGUCGACGUGUGAGAUCGAAACGAUGGUACCACACCGUGACGCUAGUAAUUUGAUACCCGAGCAAAAGCUCUAGAAUUUUUGACCGAUUCCUUGAGUAGCCGACUCUUACCGAAAGCGGGAUUCCUUCGAAAAAGCGGGGAGGUAAAUAAUUUUGCCACUUUCAUGUUUGCGACGCCACGAGGUAAAGGUAGGUUCUGCAUACGGCGAUCAUUAUGAUUUUAUGAUGAUGAACAAGACCACAGCAUAUGAAACAUGAGUUUCGACCUUGGCCUCCUUUCCGCAUCGUUGCUGGCAUACAGAGCUUGAGUCAGAAGUGACAACUGACGUUUCACGUCCGUUCGUUGACACAGCAUGCAGAUGCCAGGAGAACCUCGAGUUUCUGGCCUAACUAACAGUUGUACCCUGCGUGCAGUUGUCAUUGUUUGUACAUUUGCGAUUUUCCUCUCAUGUUCUAGUUUAUGAACAUAUUUACAGGUCCAGGAGUGAAUUAUUUAUAUGACGAAUCGAUCCUCUCUGUAUACACUAAAGGUUUGAUCAGCACUAAUUCGUGAUGUUUGGAGAAAGAAGUCUGUUCUGCGGAUGGAAUUAUUAGUAGGUAGACAUACGUAAUCUAGCACGAUCAUGGAAAUUAACUAAACAGGCUGAUCCAAGAUCUAUCGAAAGGAGAACCCGAACUAUGUCACAAGUUGGUACCUACCUACCAAAGUUCAGCUGCUAAAAUUAACCAUCUCUCCCAGAUCGCUCUAAGCUCGAGCUGUUCAUGGUUUGAGUUUGGCGUUGAUUGAAUCAAACACAAACUGAAGAAACUUUAAAUCCAAAGAAAAAUGAAGAUAGUUCCUGGACGCAGUUCUAUCAAGAGAAUCGAGUAGAAUAAAUGUAGAUCGAGUCUACUCAUUCGCAUUGGAGAUCGAUGUACGUUUCACAGAAACUGCCAUCCGCUGCUGUUGGAAGUAAGUCAAACGUUAGCGACGAAGUCGGCUGGAAUGGCAGCAGCAACAAUGUCCGCGGUGACAAUGGUUGCUUUCUUGGUCACUAUUUCCCUGGACGUGGCUCAGGGUCACAAUAUGCAGACUGCGGACGAUAACAAAAUGAGUGUUACACUCAACACAAACAUGACCGUGAAUGUUCACGCAAAAGUUCCAGGAAGCGACACUGCCUUCGAGACGACUGUGUACCCUGGUUCCACAACUCUCAGUAUCCCAGUUCCUCCCGGCACGGAUCUUGCAACCCUUUCAGUCCCGAUGCAGAUUAGCGUUGAUCCGGUGGAAAUUCUGGGAAUUCCAGUGACGGGUGCAGCGAAUUCAACCGUCAUGGUCGCAGCAAACUCCAUCGUUGAAAUCCAGGGAUACCUGACGCAGAUCAUGAACGCAGUCCUAGGACUCAUCACCGUCUACUUCAAGAUGAUAAUCAGUUCUGUUCCUUCCAUGCUGCCUGGAGUUGCAGUCACCAUCCCCAAUAUUCCUGCGGUUCCGGCGGUACCUGGUGUUCCCUCAUCUUGAAAGGGUAAAAGCGAGUACGAAUAUGCGCAGCGCCAUUCCCAAAACUCGUAUAAACUUCGAGUAUCUACUAUCAGUGGCUCGACCAGACUUACUGCAAAAAAUAUCAAUUCGAUAAAUUAGCUGCUUUGUUUCUACUCUGCACCCACGGGCAUAUACUAGUGAGGUUUAUUGAGGUUGUGCGAACGCCGCACCUUCGAUCCAAGAGAUGUAGCCACCAUUUCAUAUUUAAAUAUAAAUAUAAAUAUAUUUAUGAUUGCUCAUGUUACGGAAUUGAAUCAGAGAUAGCUC